AAACCCUACCCCUUGCCCCAGUCUGUGCACUCUCUAAUCCUGUUUCAUGUUCACCUUCCCAACAGUGGAUCACCUCGUGGAACUGGGGUGGUUCCACUCUCCCUCCCCCUCCCCCAAAAUACAGAUGGAUGGCAGGUAAGGUGGUGAAAUCACACGGAUCCAAUUUUCAGAACUGCCUGCCUCCUACCUGUGUGACCUGGCAGAAUUUCUUUAACCUCUCCAAGCCUCGGUGGCCUCAUUUAUGAAACAGAGUAAUAAUCUCCGCUUCACUACUGUGGGGAUUAAAUAAAACAGGGCAUACAAGAUGGCCACACCCAGCACACACAACCACACGUUCCCUCUCUCCACUCCUCUCCUUUUCCUGAACUUAAAUCUUAUUAAUUCAGCUGCACCAGGCCCCACACCCCCCUUUCAGCAAACACUGAGGAAGGCACCGCCUCUCUCCCCCACCGGCUCUGAAGUGGUCAGAGUCCAGAGAGCCGUGAAGUCAGAGUGGACGACCAGCCUUUCCCCUGAAGCUGAAGGGCCCGCUUGACAGGAUGAAGGUCUCCGGGGCUGCCCUCUUUCUCCUCAUCCUCAUCCUCACCACUCCUGCUUCGCACGGCCAGUCAAAAAGUCCUGAAUCGUUGAACAGUUCUCAGACCUGCUGCCUGAAGCAUCAUGAGAAAGUAAUGCCAAGGAAACUGGUGGUGGGAUACAGAAAGGCCCUCAACUGUUACCUGCCAGCAAUCAUCUUUGUCACCAAAAAGAACCGAGAGGUCUGCGCCAACCCCCAAAACAAAUGGGUCCAAGAGUACAUCAAGGAUCCCAAUAUACCUUUGCUGCCUCCCAGGAACUUGGCCCAGGUUAAAAGCGUUAGGCCAUAGAAAGGUCACACCACAGCUCACCGUGACCAUCAGGCCUCAGUGGGAGUCCAGGUCUGGAAUGAAAUGUGCAGCCCUGUGAAUAUGCAAGGGGAGGGUGCGGUCUGAAUGACAGUCGCAAUCAGAGAAGCUAAUUAAAAGUAUUUCAAACAUGU